UAUUCCCAACCAAAGACGAAAGAACAAAUCACAAGCUCUACUUUUUGAAAUAUGGCAUUUCCCAGCUUACACUCUAACAUACUCUGCUUCUUUGCAUUUUUGCUUCUGUUUGGAGCAGCCUAUGCGAAUUUUUCUCCAGCCUAUGGGAGUUUUUCUUCAGAUUUCUAUUCUUCAAAGUGCCCCAAAGCGCUAUCUACUAUUAAAACUGCAGUGAAUAAUGCCGUUGCCAAGGAGCAGCGCAUGGGGGCCUCUUUGCUUCGUCUCCAUUUCCACGAUUGCUUUGUCAAUGGAUGUGAUGCAUCUGUGUUAUUAGAUGACACUUCGAAUUUCACUGGGGAGAAGACAGCCGGACCAAACGUAGGUUCAUUGCGGGGGUAUGAUGUAAUUGAUACCAUUAAGUCUCAAAUUGAGAGUCUCUGCCCUGGGGUUGUUUCUUGUGCUGAUAUUCUAGCCGUUGCAGCUCGUGACUCUGUUGUUGCAUUAGGCGGGCCUUCAUGGUCACUUCAGUUAGGCAGAAGAGACUCGACCAAUGCAAGCUUUUCAGCAGCAAAUACCGACCUCCCAUCUCCAACGUUGGACCUUAAUGGCAUUUUAUCUGGCUUCUCAAACAAAGGAUUUACUGCAAAAGAAACGGUAGCUCUCUCAGGAGCUCAUACAAUAGGGCAAGCCAGGUGCGUGGUGUUUCGGGACCGUAUCUAUAACGAGACAAACAUCAAUUCGACAUACGCAACAUCAUUGAAAUCAAACUGUUCGAGCUCAGGAGGCGAUGACAACAUUGCUCCCCUAGAUAUCACUAGUCCUGUCAUCUUCGACAAUGCUUAUUACAAGAACUUGUUGAACAGCAAGGGCCUCCUCCAUUCGGACCAACAGCUCUACAGUGGCGGCUCCACAGACUCUCAGGUCACCACUUACAACACCAGCUCUUCAACUUUCACUACUGAUUUUGCCAGCGCCAUGGUGAAAAUGGGCAACCUUAGCCUUCUCACAGGAAGCAGCGGCCAAAUCCGUACUGAUUGCCGGAAAAUUAAUUGAACCUUACCACGUAAUGAACCAAGUUGCCUAUAUAGAAUAUAUAUAUAUAUAGUAAUUUCAAUUCCUGUGUUUUGUGAAAGUAAAUUUAAGAAACGGGGUUUGACCAAGAUGAUCAACCCGUAUAUAUAAAUUAAGCUUGUGCUUGUAAUAAGAUAAGUUUCAAAAUAAUACAAAGUCUCUGUUAUCUCUUUAUCAA